CGCUGUCGCAUGCUACCAAAACAUAGGUUUCCCGUAUUAGUCGCUCACAGGUGUCGGACGACGGCGCUAGCCUUUUUUUGUGCGGCUCGGUUGCUUGUAUCUAUUUUUAGUCUACGACAAUAUUGUUAAACAAAUUACGCUGUGUUCAUUUUUUAUAAGGCACGCAUUUAAUUCUUCGCGUAUUUGUGUUUGUAUGUUGUUAUACAACACUAACAAACCAAUGCAGACGCCGGCAGCAUAGAAAAAGUGGCAAUAAUCACCGCUCAUUAUUUUGCAACGCACACACUGUACGCGACCAUACUGAGUGAAGUUUAAUUGUUAACAACAACAACAAAAAAGAAAACAGUGCUUCAUAAAAAUGCCAAAUGUUAAUCAUGCAGAGGCUGAACAUUUGAACCCGGUGUUUAAGGUUGAAAUUGCGCCUCAACAGACGGAAACAAACCAGAAACCACCAUGGAGCAAACUGCUAUUGCUGAUUGCCUUUGCCACGACCCUGGGAGCUGCAGUUCCCACUGGCUAUUGCAUAGGCGUUAUCAACGCGCCCGCAACGCUUAUGAAAGCGUGGUGUAAUCAAACCAUAUAUGAGAAAUAUGGCAGCUCGUUGAGCCCUAGCGGAUUAGAUAUACUCUGGUCAUCUAUAGUGUCAAUUUUCCUGGUUGGCGGCGCUAUUGGAUCGCUGGGUGGCGCUGGAUUGGCUAAUAAAUUUGGCAGAAAAGUAUGCCUUUUUAUCUGCGCUGGAUUAUUCGCCACUGGAGCGCUACUCUUCUUCUUCUGUCGUUCUGCAUCCUCCGUAGAGAUGCUCAUCCUGGGUCGCCUGAUUGUGGGUCUCUCCUCGGGCCUCGUCACCGCCACUCUGCCUAUGUAUUUGUCUGAACUGGCGCCGGCAGCACAGCGUGGCACCUUGGGCGUCUUCUGUGGCGUCGGCGUCACUGGAGGCGUUGUUGUGGCCCAAGUCUGCAGUUUGUCAGAUGUAUUUGGCACCGAGAAGCUUUGGCAUUAUGCGUUGGCUGCCUACUUGGUGCUCGUCAUUGUCUGCUAUCUGCCAUCGUUUGUCUUCCCUGAGAGUCCCAAGUAUCUGUAUGUGAUGAAGGGCGAUUCGUCGGCAGCUCGCCGGGAACUGCUGCGACUGCGUGGCAAGAAUGCGGCCAAGCUGAUUGAGCAGGAGAUUGCCGAAAUGGAGGCGGAGUCGAAUGAUAAUAGCCAAGCCAGUGGCUUCUGUGAUGUGCUACGUGACCCGCGCCUUCUUAUGCCGCUCAUCAUAGUCUGCGCCUUCCAAGGCGGCCAGCAGUUGUCGGGCAUUAAUGCGAUCUUCUACUACUCGGUGUCCAUCUUCACCAAGGCGGGCUUCAGCGAUAGCGAUGCAGAGUGGGGCAACUUAGGCGCUGGAGGCCUGAAUUUGGUCAUUUCGCUGCUGGGACCGCUCUUGAUGGCCACCUGCAGACGUCGCACACUCAUGAUGUUAUCCAGCGCACUUUGUGCACUCUUCCUGUUCUGCAUUGCCUUUGUGCUAAACUAUAUUGAAUCUGUCAGCUGGUUCGCCUGGGCCUGCAUCGUUUGCAUCAUGGGCUACAUAUUCUUUUAUCAAUUCGGUCUCGGUCCCAUUCCCUACUUUAUUGGCUCAGAAUUGUUUGAGGUGGCGCCACGCUCCGUGGCCAUGUCAAUGGGCAGUCUGGCGUCAUGGACAUGCAAUUUCAUUAUUGGCAUGGCGUUCCCCAGUCUGCAGAGCGCAAUAGGCGCCUUUGUCUUUCUGCCCUUCUCGAUAACAUGCGUUUUACUGUUCCUGCUAACGAAAUUCUACCUGCCGGAAACGUUGGGCCGAGAUCCUUCGGAUGUUGCGCCCCUCGUUGCCAAGGGCUUCCGUUCCAAGAUCAAAGUCAACAAAAAGACAGUUGUUCAACAGCAUCGACGGAUAGCGCAUCGAAGUUGCGGAGCCAUGGUCGUCAUAAUGCAUAUAAACGAUAUUGCCCAGGGCUGGAACUGGCUCCUGUUGGCCAUCUGCCUGACUACAACUCUGGGCAGCACGGUGCCCGUUGGAUACUUCUUCGGUGUGCUUAACGCGCCCGCGGAGAUCAUCAAGGGCUGGUGUGACAACAUUUUGGCUAGCGAAUAUGAUACGAAUACCAGUUGGAGCCAAUUGGAUUUGCUGUGGACAUGCAUAGUGUCCAUCUAUCUGAUUGGCGGCAUUGUGGGCUCCUGCUUUGGCGCCUUCUGCUGCAACAAAUAUGGACGUAAAGGCACCUUGAUCAUCAGCAGUAUUAUUCUCUUGAUCUGUGGCAUCUUAUUCACCUGGUGUCGUGCUGCCAAAUCGCUGGAGAUGCUGAUGACGGCACGUUUCUUCGGCGGCAUUGCCUCCGCUUUGAUUGUCACCGCCCAGCCCAUGUAUCUGCUUGAGUUGGCACCCGUCGAGCUGAGCGGCAGCGUUGGCGUCUUCACCUGCAUUGGUGUCACCGGUGGCAUAUUGCUGUCGCAGAUUGUCAGCAUGCCUCAGCUCCUGGGCACUGAAGAGAACUGGCCGUACGCCUUGAGCUUCUAUGCGCUGCUGGUGCUCAUUUGCCUGUUGCCACUGGUGGCAUUCCCCGAGAGUCCCCGAUGGCUGUACUUGGUCAAAGGAGAUGUUGACGGCAGCACGGCAGCCUUGCAACGUGUGCGUGGCGCUCAGAGCAAUGUGCAGCAGGAACUCAACGAUUUGCACCUCACAUUACAGUCGAAUCAAAAGGCGAGCAGCAUUUGCGAAGUGCUCAAGGAUAGCGAACUCUUUCUGCCCUUGCUGCUGGUCUGUGCUUUUCAAGCCACACAGCAGUUGAGCGGCAUCAAUGCGAUUUUUUUCUACUCACUGUCCAUACUGACGAAGGCAGGCUUCUCCGCUAAUUUGGCCACUUGGCUGAACAUGGGUAUUGGUGGCUUCAAUUUGGUCGCCUCGCUUAUGGGCCCAGUGCUGCUGCGCAAGUUCAAUCGUCGUCCCUUGAUGCUGAUCUCUUGUGGCUUAUGUGCCGUCUCCUUAGCGGGCAUGUCCAUUUCCUUGUACUGCAUGCUGAUCACAGAGAGUAAUGCCUUGGGCUUUGUCAGCAUCAUGUUCAUCCUGACAUUUAUCCUUGGAUUUCAAUUAGGCCUCGGACCCAUUGCCUACUUCAUUGGCUCCGAGCUGCUUGAGGAUGCGCCGCGUCCAGUGGCCAUGUCCAUGGGCAGUUUGUUUUCCUGGAUUGGCAACUUUCUGAUUGGCAUGUGCUUUCCACUGCUGCAGAACGUGUGGAGCUCCUUUGCCUUCAUGCCGUGCAUGUGCAUUUGCUUGCUCUGCUUAUUCCUCACCUGGCGCUAUUUGCCCGAGACGCGUGGCCGAGAGCCCAAGGACGUGAAGCCGCUCAUGAGCCAAGGACUACGUUCAAAAUUUUAAAAUUACAAUAUAACUAUUACCACUAUUUAUAUGUGUAUAUACAAUAAAACACGACUAGCAG